AUGAAGCGCACUGCCCUAGUCGCCAACACAUCCAAUAUGCCGGUGGCUGCACGGGAAGCUUCUAUCUACACUGGAAUCACAUUAUCAGAGUAUUUCAGAGAUAUGGGUUACAACGUCAGCAUGAUGGCUGACUCGACUAGUCGAUGGGCUGAAGCACUACGAGAAAUAUCAGGUCGUCUUGCCGAGAUGCCUGCUGACUCCGGAUAUCCAGCCUAUCUUGGGGCUCGUUUGGCUGGGUAA